UCUCACCUUUCCUAUCCAUAAUUAGUUUUAAUUAAAUACUUGAACACUAUUCAACCACGAAACUUCUAGCUUCUACAUCUAACACACACACACACAUAUCCCUAUCUAUCUAUAUGUCUUGCCUACAAAGUUGUUUUGUCAAUUAUCUAUCUCUCACACCCAAGGAGCAAUAAGAGGGGAUUAUUGAUGAUGGGUAAUCACAAUAUACUACUGGGCACUGCUAUAUCACUGUGCAUGGUUUUGGGUCCUUGGAUCUUCAUUGAAGCUGCCCCUCCUGCCUCUCUUAUCACAAAACUCCCUGGCUUUCAAGGAACUUUCCCGUCCAAGCACUACUCCGGAUAUGUAAGCGUUGAUGGAAAUAGUGAGAGUGGGAAAAACUUGUUCUACUACUUUGUAAGUUCCGAAAGAAAUCCACGGAAGGAUCCAGUUGUUCUAUGGUUGAAUGGAGGACCAGGGUGCUCCAGCUUUGAUGGCUUCGUUUAUGAGCAUGGGCCAUUCAACUUUGAGGCAGCUAAAACGGUAGGGGAUCUUCCCACUUUGCAUAUCAAUCCCUACAGCUGGUCUAAGGUUUCCAACAUUAUUUAUUUGGAUUCUCCCGCGGGUGUUGGCCUCUCUUACUCCAAGAACUCAAGCAAAUACAGUACUGGGGACCUACAAACUGCGUAUGAUACCCAUGCUUUCCUCUUAAAGUGGUUUAAGCAAUUCCCUGAAUUCCUUGAUAAUCCAUUUUAUAUUUCCGGGGAAUCUUAUGCUGGAAUAUAUGUGCCCACUCUAGCUUAUGAAGUAGUUAAAGGAAUCCGGGGUGGUACUAAGCCCGUGAUCAAUUUUAAGGGUUACAUAGUUGGAAAUGGUGUCACGGACCAAACAUUUGACGGCAAUGCUCUUAUCCCAUUUGUGCAUGGGAUGGGCCUCAUAUCCGACAAUAUCUAUGAGGAUGUAGAAGCUUCUUGCAAGGGAAAGUACUACAAUCCUGAGUCCGAAGACUAUAAUAAUAAUCUGUGCUCUUCAAACCUCCAAAAGGUUUACAGGGCAAUUGAUGGGCUAAACGUGUACGAUAUACUAGAGCCAUGCUACCAUUACCCUACUGAUCAUGCCAAAGGAAACAAAAGCUUGCCAUUGAGUUUCCAGCAAUUAGGAACUACCGAUAAGCCUCUCCCUGUGAGAAAGAGGAUGUUUGGUCGAGCUUGGCCCUUUCUAGCACCAGUCAAAGAUGGCCUCGUUCCAUUAUGGCCCCAACUGGCUCAAAAUAAGCAUAUCGCUUGUACUAGUGAUGAAGUAGCAAGUUCAUGGCUUAACAACGAAGAAGUCAGAAAAGCCAUUCAUGCUGAGCAAGAAAGUGUGGCGGGUCAGUGGGAAUUAUGCACUGGAAGGAUACAUUACCGUCACGAUGCUGGAAGCAUGAUUCCUUACCACAAGAAGCUAACCAUGUUGGGCUAUCGAGCACUUAUUUUCAGUGGCGACCAUGAUAUGUGCGUGCCAUAUACCGGAAGUGAGGCAUGGACUCGAUCUCUGGGAUAUACGAUUGUGGAUGAAUGGAGGCCAUGGAGCUCUAAUGACCAAGUUGCUGGGUAUUUGCAAGCAUAUGAUAACGAACUCAUCUUCCUCACUGUCAAGGGAGCUGGUCACACUGUCCCUGAAUAUAAGCCACAGGAGGCACUGUAUUUUUACAGCCGAUGGUUGGAAGGAAAACCAAUAUAGUUAAUUAAUUAAUUAAUACAUCAAUUUCAAGAUAAUGGAAGGCUUCAUAUUAUUGAAUUUGACACAUAACGCCAUUACAAUCCAGGCUGAAUAUACUGAACAAAUUUUAUUCAUAUAUUUCCUGUUUCUUGGUGUGGUCAAUUAACUCCAUUUCUACAUUAUUCUAUUAUGAACUCAUUCUUAUAACAUUUUGGUAAGAGGACUUUCUCCAUUAUCUUAACAACUCAAACCAAACUAUGUAG